AUGGAUUCUGCCUCCACCAGUUUGGCCACUAGACGACCAAAACUCACAGCCGCCAAUGUAAAAGCAAUGUCGAUCAAAGAAAUCCUGGCAAGCAUCCGCCGCAAAGUCAAUGCCACAAUUAAGUUGAAUAAGAUGAAUAAGAAGAAAUGGAGAAGGGCGAGGCUCGCGGAUCGGAUGAAGCGAAGGAUUCCAACGGAUGAGCUUGUUACUGGUGGUCUGGUUGAAAAAAUGGACUAG